AUGGAGGAUGCGAAUGCGGGCGCGAAUGAGGGUCCACCAGACGGUGCAGCGCCGAACGGCGCGGCAAGCUUGCCCGCAGGCCAAGCAACUGGCCCGAAGCGACCUAGCAAGAGCGUGUUUCACACGGUGCCGGUGUCUACGCCUUCUCCAGGUCCCUUUGCGCUCGCUGACCUCAACUGGGUCACGGUUGCGUGGGCGAAAUCCAAGACGGGGUUUGCGGCGAUGGCACGCUUCUCGGAGUCGCGCUGGGACGACAUGAAGGAAGGCGAGGCUCGCGUCGCAGGCCUCCCGCUGUACAUCAGGAAGAGCAAUGCCUCCAAAAAGGGCCUACCAGGAGGCGAACUGCACUGCUCGGGCGGGCCCGAAGAUCAUCGGGGAGGAGCCUCCCAGGCGCGGUUCCAAGGCAGGUCGCGGAAGGCCCUCGCGGAGCUGGAACGCCAAGACAACGUGACCGCGGCGGACGCCGAUGCGCGAGGGUCGUACAAGAAGCGCAAGUUCACCAAGUCUCAACUCGGGACGAGCGUGCGGUGCGGGUGCCAGGUGUCCCUGAAAUACACCACGCUCGACGAGGGUGAAGGGAACGUUCGGUCUGUGGCGGUCCGGUACGACAUCCCCGCCGACUCGGAGGCAGGGCCGCCGCAGCACUCGGGGCACGACGUGGGAGAGUCUCUGCGAGAGGCGAUUCAGCAGCACGACAUGGACGGCAUCCGCGGCUGCAUCCCCCAUCGCCUGAGUCUCAAGUCGCGCGAAGUACUGAGCGCGUAUGCGACGAUGGGCGUGGCCGUGUCUCGGGCGCUGUCGGGCCUGAGGGAGGACAUCAUGGCAGACUUCGCCGAGGAGACGAGCCUGUACGCUGAGUACGGGAACUUCUGGUCCGCCAUGAGCCUGCUCGGCGCAGCCCUGAAGAAGCAAGAACUGCGCGACUUCCUCGCGACGAGUGACGACUACCACAACGCGAAGGCAAAAUGCAGGGGGGAUGAUGGCGUGGGCUUCGCCGCCGACGACCAGCGGAGCUGCGAGAACAUGGUGCGCGAGAAUCGCCACAUCUACCCUACGUACCGGCACCUCACGGCGACGACGCCGAUGGUCUUGGUUCUGAUGACCAAAAACAUGGUCAGCCAAGGAGUUGCACACUGGAACAGGGAAGGCGCAGUGAAGAACAUCUGCUUCGACGUCACCUUCGGCACGAACCGCUACAACUUCAAGACCUGCGCCGUGAACGUCGUCGGGUCGGCGGGUCGGUGGCGGCCGAUCGCGAUCUGCGUGUUGAGCGACGAGACGGCAGAGACUGUUGGGAUGGCGUUGAACUGCGUUCGGGCGGAGCUGAACAAGGCGGGCGCGGAGAGCUGGGGCGAGACGCGGCCGGGCAAGCGCGCGGUGUUCAUGACGGACUGCGCGGAGGCGCUGAAGCAGGCGGUCGCCACCACGUUUCCAAGUGCAACGCAUGUGUGGUGCACGUUCCACAUGCUGCAAGCGGUCCUCAAGAACCUGCACAGCAAGAUCGGCCAGGGCGCGGGGGUGGGGGACCUGAAGAGGCGAAUCUGGUGCGACAUCGUGGACAUGCUCCGGAAGGCGCGCCGUGAUGUGCUGGGAGCAUAUAUUGCAUCUUCGGCGCGCGAGCAGCGGCAAGCGGACGACAGGGUGGCGGAGGACGCCGCUGCCGACAUCGCUGCCUUCAAUGCGCGGUAUUCCAGCGACAGGCGCGCUGCGUCGUUUCUCAAGUACUUCAAGUCUCAGUGGGGUGCAUCUGAGGUGACCGCGAUGUGGAUGCUGCGCUACCGAUCGACGGACAUCCCCACGACGGACAACGCCAGCGAGUGCCUUUUCAAGUGGAUGAAGGACAUGCUCAGCGCGCGGGGCGUGCGGUGCGUGCAUCAUCGGCGGCUUGAUCAGUUCCUUCUGCACUGCAUCUCCCAGGACGAGGAGCGGGCGGCGCUGGAGGCGGCGUGCGCUGUGGGUCUGCGCCAGCCCAGGGCGCUGCAAGAAGCGCUGCGAGUCGCCGAGAACGGCGGCGAGGCCUUGCGUCAAUACGUGCAACAGUUGAUGGUGAUGUGGCCAUUGGUCGACGGGGUGCGAGAACCCACGGACGCGCCCGAGCAAGGCAAGUGGGAGAUCACGCGCGACGGUCGCUCUCGUGUGCUGGACUUCGUGGGGGGGAAGCUGACGUGCACGUGCGAUCAUCAUGGGGUGUGCCAUCACAUGGCUGCGGUGCGUCAAAGGUACAACUUCACGUACAAGUGGUUCAAGGACGCUGUCGCGCACUUGGGGCCGUCCGUCGCGAGGCCACUCCCGGGGGACGACAGCUCCGAGGAGCAGGAGGGCGGCGCGGGCACCAACGCAGCUGCGAGAGCAACAGGCGCUAGCGCUGCUGUCGUCGGCGACCCCGCGGAGGGGGCGGGUGCUGAAGCACAGGAGGUCGCGUCGCCGCCGAGGCAGGCGGAGCUCGCGGCUGCGAAGCAAAGGAUGAUCGAAGGGAUCAACGCGUGCGACAACAAGGAGCACCUGAUGAAGCUCUAUCGGGCGUUCCGAGAUUGGGAGCAGAGCGGCCGCAACGGGUGA